UGUCCCAAGUCACUUCCGGUGACGCAGUUCCGGCCUGUCAUGGCGGCGGAGCAGGGCGGGGCAGGUGGCGGGAGCCCCCCCGGGCUGGACCCGCUGCGCGGGGCGGGCGGCGAGGAGGAGCGGGAGGCCGACGGGCGCGGAGCGGCCCGGCCCCGGCCCCGGCCCCCGAGCCCGGGGCCGCUGCGCGAGGCCGAGGUCACCGUGGAGAUCGGGGAGACCUACCUGUGCCGGCGGGCGGACGGGACCUGGCACUCGGCCGAGGUCAUCCAGUCACGACUCAACGAGCAGGAGGCUCGGGAGGAAUACUACGUGCACUAUGUCGGAUUCAACCGGCGUCUGGAUGAGUGGGUAGAUAAGAACCGGCUGGCCCUCACCAAGACAGUCAAAGAUGCGGUGCAGAAAAACACAGACCAGUACAUGAACGAGCUGUCAGAGCAACCCGAGCGUAAGAUCACCCGCAACCAGAAGCGCAAACAUGACGAGAUCAACCAUGUUCAGAAGACGUAUGCAGAGAUGGAUCCUACCACAGCUGCCCUGGAGAAGGAGCAUGAGGCGAUCACCAAGGUGAAAUACGUAGAUAAGAUCCACAUCGGCCACUAUGAGAUCGACGCCUGGUAUUUCUCACCCUUCCCGGAGGAUUAUGGGAAGCAGCCCAAACUGUGGAUCUGCGAGUACUGCCUGAAAUACAUGAAGUUCGAGAAGAGCUACAGGUACCACCUAGGCCAAUGCCAGUGGAGGCAGCCCCCGGGGAAGGAGAUCUACAGGAAGAACAACAUCUCUGUCUAUGAAGUGGAUGGCAAAGAUCACAAGAUUUACUGCCAGAACCUGUGUCUCCUGGCCAAGCUCUUCCUAGACCACAAGACCCUCUACUUUGAUGUUGAGCCCUUUGUCUUCUACAUCCUCACCGAGGUCGACAGGCAGGGCGCCCACAUCGUCGGCUAUUUCUCCAAGGAGAAGGAGUCUCCAGACGGGAACAACGUGGCCUGUAUCCUCACCUUGCCCCCCUACCAAAGACGGGGCUAUGGCAAGUUUCUCAUCGCUUUCAGCUACGAGCUGUCUAAGCUGGAAAGCACGGUGGGCUCCCCAGAGAAGCCCCUCUCGGACCUGGGCAAGCUGAGCUACCGGAGCUACUGGUCCUGGGUGCUGCUGGAGAUCCUGAGGGACUUCCGAGGGACCCUGUCCAUCAAAGACCUCAGCACUCAGCCCCACCCUGGUACCACAGCUGCUGCCGACGCCUCUGCCCCCCCUUUCUUGUGCAGCCAGAUGACCAGCAUCACUCAGAACGACAUCAUCAGCACGCUGCAGUCCCUCAACAUGGUGAAGUAUUGGAAGGGGCAACACGUCAUCUGCGUCACGCCCAAGCUCGUGGAGGAGCAUCUGAAGAGCGCCCAGUACAAGAAGCCUCCCAUCACAGUGGAUUCCAUCUGUCUCAAGUGGGCACCCCCCAAACACAAGCAGGCCAAGAUCUCCAAGAAGUGAAGGAACGGUGGGACACAGGAGUCCAAAUGACCCCUCAGUCACAUGAGGAUCUGGUCUGUGCCCCGCCUGACCACAGAGCACCGGAGCAAACAACCAGCUGGAAGGGCUGGACGUUGUUCAUUAGGCCAGCGGCGAUUGAGCAGGGCUGGUGUCCUGUCCUGUCGCAUCUCAUUUCCCUUGAGCGUUGCAUGGCAGAAUAGGCCCACGGCUGAGCUUUGCCCUCCCGAACAGCACUAGUAAAGGGGGUUCCUCGCACCACUGCCAGUGUCUGCUGCCCCGCUAGUCAGUUGCGUGCUGCACCCUGGUCAAUAUCACCUUGGUGGACUGGCUAAUUUGUCCCUGGUGCCGGCUGCUGGGCAGCCAGCAGUUGAGUCUGGGGCAGGAGGAGGUACUCAGCUGGCAGGGGAGGGGGAAGAGAUGCCCAGGGUUGCUAAUGGCAGGAUGGCACUGCGUGUUCUCUGCUGGGCAAACAUUCCCUGUCCAGUUGAUCCCCCUGGGCUUGCAAGAUAGGGAAGCGGCACUGGGGGAAGGUACUGGGACAGCUGCACCAGGAGGCUGGAACAGGGCAGGGGCACUGUGAGAGUCCCUUCUAACGUACAUUUAGCUCUGCCACCGUGCCCCUCCUGCCCUGAGCCGGGGUCUCGGGGAGGGGGGGAGCAGAAUGCCAUAGCCCUGACUUACCAGCCCACACACAUAUGCCACCGAUGUGCCCCAGCUGCUGCAGGCAAAGCCCACUCUGGCCAUGACGAUGCCCCUUCUGCUAGGCCUCCUUGAUGUGGGCAUCUCCCCACUAGGAUCUCAGCUGGGUCCCUUCUGGAACCUUUCACGCCCCAGUUGCCACCCUGCUGCUGGGGUUCUUCCCCCUGACCUGCCCCUUUGGCCUGCACUCCUUAGGCCAGGAUUCCCUUCACCAUCCAGUGCGCCACCUGCCCCUCCUGCUACUGGCAUCUCUGUCCCAGUUCUCUUGUCCCCCCUCCUCCACUGCUGGGAUCCCUCCCUGAUCUCCCAUUCCAGAGAUCCUGGGAUCCCCACAAGGGACUGGAGGAAUGUCUGCUGAGUUUGGCUGGUCUCAAGUCAGUUCUUGAACCCCCACCCCCACAAAGCCAAGCUCUGCAUGGGGCAGAUGUGUAUGGGAUUCUCCCAGGGCUGGGACACCCCAGUCUAAGGAUACACAGAGGAUACUGUCUCGGGCCUCUUCCCUCAGCACCAAUCUUGCACUCCUCCAAUUCCGAGGCUGGUGCCACCAGCUGGAGGUGCAAGUAAGCAUUGCUGCCGGGAGGCUGGAGCGUGGGGGAACGGUUGGUGCCGACAGCCCCCAAGCCAGUCCCCACAGCUUCCCUGCACUCUUACUGGCUGCCUACAGGUGUAUUUUUUUCUGUUUUAAGAAGUGUAUUUUUCAUAAAUAAAAAGGAAAAGUGUGAACAA